UUUAUAAUUAUUAAAACCAUUUAUUAUCUCUUUUACCGAGAAGUAUGCACAUCUCCUAAAAUUGUUAUAUCCGCUUCAAUGCCCCGUCUCACAACUGUUCAACAUUGUUAUUUCAGUCCAUGCAUUGAAGUGUUAUCAAACUCCCCCUGGUUGUACUGUAUAGCAUUCUACAGACUCGGAAAGCAUUGUCUCCUCUUAUAACCAGCCACUUGAGGAACCCGUGGCCUGUAAAUUAUACGAUUUUCUGCACCCGUGGAAGUGAAUCUAGCCAAUCACGGUGCCAGGUCGAGGGGUUCUAAACUUUGGCGCGAGAACCCAUGAAUUUCGAAAAUCCAAAACUUCAAAGAAUACCGACAAACCAGGGGGAGUUUCUUCGCUUCAAUCUACAGUCAAAUGUAAAGUGGUUUUAUGACCAGGGGGAGUCGAGCUUGAACAGGGGGUGUUGAAUUAUGAUACAGCACGCGACGAAUGCUUAGGCGCAAAUUUGCAAUAUGUUUUCGUAGGUCUUUUGACGAUCUUUACCUGGUGCUCGAUGCUGUAACGGCAGAACUUGUAAACGCUUUGGUUUAUAUAACAGAACGGUUUCAAGUUUCAACUCCGUGUUUCACGUCUUAUUCAUAGACCAUGAGGUAUGAUUUAUAUUCAGAGGAUAAAGCUUGCCCGAGCCCUUGUUAUUCUUUUUUUUAAUCAUUCAAGAACUACAUACAAAACAUCUCAAAAACUUGCCCUUACUAUUUUUGACCAAAAGGGGUUUCCUUCUUAAUACUAAAAAUACUCAAAACGGCAGGCCCAUAGCGAAACGUUCAUUGCCUUCUUUGUUUGGUUUGGCAUCAUAUGUCGAUGCAUGCAAUGCAUGAUGUGUUUGAAUCCCUGUGUUCAACUUUUGUUCGACUUUUUUCUAUUGUUCUAUUGUCUCUAACGACGUGCACUGCCUUUCAAGUUCAAGGGCUUCAUUCCACCAGCCACGUUAAUUUUUUGAUCAAGCUGAUCAAGUUCUAAUAAAUGGCUGCAAAGAGUCAAAAAUUAAAUUUUGCUUUGGAAAUUUGUGGGAUCGGGCCUUUUGCCACUGCGGGCCAUGAUAUAAUAUUUGACUACAGUUUCUAUACUUUUGUACCCUAAGUGAAUAUGAGGGGGGCGAGCUGCAAAUUGCGUUCAAUUGGCAUAAAAGCUGAAGCCAACGUUCCAAGUUCUGAUCAAAGUGUAGCAAAAAAUUACUAUAUAAAUCAAGGCAUCCAGGCUUUUUAGUUCAUGGAAGACUUUCAUUUCAUUAUGGCUUAUAAGCAGGGGGUGUACGGAGUUUGUGCAUAGCAACACCCUUGGUUACCAAGCCUUGCGUUUUAGCACCCCUCAGAAUAAUUUCUAGAUCCGCCCCUGUAUCUAGUCAUUUGAUCAUGGUGGAUGGUUAGGCAAAUCCACCUAAAUUUAAGAUGGUUAGGAAACUUUUGUUGGCUAUUACUCUCUUGCUUGCAAUAACAAAGGACAGUGCGCAAGGAUCGAGAUGUUCAGAUCCUCCAAAACCCGUUGGUGGAAAUCGCGUUGUGACUGGAUCACUAGUGGGAGAUGCUGUUGUUUACACUUGUAACCCUGGCUAUAAGUUAGUGGGUAAUCAAGUCAGAAGGUGCCAGUCAGGAGGAAAAUGGAGUGGAAAACAACCAACCUGCAUUUUGAAAUGUGGUGUUCCCAAGAUCACAACGAGGCAUCGCAUUGCUGGAGGACGCAUUUCUAGGCCUGGCACCCACCCAUGGAUAGCAAUGUUUCGGAGGAAGUCAGAUAAGAAAGUUCUCUGUACCGGGUCGCUUAUCGCAAGAAAAUGGGUUCUUACUGCUGCUAUUUGUUUUCUUGAUCCCCCAAUGAUAGAUCCUCAUGUGAAAUUUGGCAAAACAAGAGUCAAGAAUGAAGGAACUGAGCAGAUUAGAUCCAUUAAAAGAUUCUACACUCAUCCCCAAUUUAGUAAUAUAACAUUGGAUUCAGACAUCGUUCUGGUCGAACUCGAUAAGCCAGUUAUAAUAACUGAUUACGUCAUACCGAUAUGCUUGCCUCAUGAUGACAGUGACUUUAAGCUACUGAAACCGGGAGUAGAAGCAAUGAUUGCGGGCUGGGGAAGUGAAGAUGAAAUCCAAGCACAAGAAGGCGAGACAUCAAAAAGACUGCGAGAAGUGAGGUUAUCAUUGGUUGACUAUGAGCUCUGUGCCAGAAGGAUGGCAUAUCCGUUGACAGCAAACAUGUUUUGUGCAGCUGAAGGUGGCAAAGGAGGUGCUUGCAAAGGAGACUCUGGAGGACCUUUGACAGUAUGGAAUGCCAAAACAAAGAAGCACGUUCUUAUGGGCAUUGUGAGCUGGGGAGAAGGUUGUGGCAAGGAAGAUUCAUUUGGCGUUUACGUCAAAGUAUCUAACUUCAUUGCCUGGGUGAACUCAUAUAUCUUGUGAACAAAUGUAUUCUGAAUCUAGUUACCAGUACCAAGCUUUCUUUAGUGUGAGAUUAGGCAAAAAGGUUUAUCGUACAUCUACCCAUAGAUUUAAGCUAAAACUUUAAAUGCUACCUAAUAGAAAAUAUACAUCUUUAAGGAAGGCAGAACCAAAUCACAAAGGGCAUAGACCUAUCGAUUUCAUUUUUUUAUCUAAAUUUCAAUUUCCACUUUAUUCCAUCUUAAGCGUUUAUCUAGCCAUAAUAUAUUGAUGCUAUAUGUGGCCAUUUCUUGAUUACCUCUUUUAGAUUAUCAUUAACUGUUUGAGCUUUGCCUUUUGAAUUUUAAACAAGAUGUUUAAAAUUUAAGUAGAUGCCAAGGUGUGAGCUUGUCAUCGUCUAGCCCCAAGUGAAGCCUGCUACCCGGCACCUCAUCAUCCUGGCAAGCAAAAGUAAAAUUAGACUUAAAGGCUCUUGCGCAACCAGCAUGCUUUUCGGUUAUAAUUCCAAACCGGCCUAAUACCGUACUCCAUAAAAUUACAAAAUAGGUAACGCUAAGCAUGCCAGUUGGGCAAGAGCUUUAAAGAGACAAUCCUUGAUUUCAAGAUGAAAAGAUACGCCCCUGUGAAAAAACAUUGGGUCCUAUGAGAAAAAACUCUUUGUUGCUACAAAAUGUGUUUUCAAGCACAAUGUUAUAACAAUAGAGUUUAUUCGAUCAUGUCUGGAACACGAUACUUGGACUGCAGAGGCGAAUUCUCAUGGGCCGGGGAAAUCAAGUUUUAGGUGCACAUCAUUUUGAUGCUGAUUGUUUUCUCACAAACCAAGGGGCACACAUAAAAGCUUUUAAGGGGCCUACCGGGAAAUUUCCCAAGUCCCGGUGGGCCACCACGCCCCUGACUUGGAGGUAAGAGAGCAAACACAACAAACCUUUGCAUAUGAAGACUCCGUGUUGGCUUUGUUGUUUCCAGGCUGAUUCGCACCAAAAUUCAAUGAUAGGCAUGCGCUCUCCGCCAAAGAAGGGAAUUGUGGGAUGGAAAAUGAAUUAUGCAUUGGGUUCGGGACAAUAAACGGUCGACUUUUCAAACAGGCGUAAAACACCGAAGGUCACGCUAAGCGUUCUCUGGAUGAAAACAUCCAUUUCUCGAUUUCUUCACAUUCUAGUAGCCGAACUUUUAAGGCCAACAAACUGAAACUAGCAAGAGUUUUGAAAAU